UGGAGCUGUGUCGGCCGGUGCAGAGAAGGGAACAGGAGAGCUCAAUGUAAUAUUGUGGUGGCGCAGAGUAUAAAUGCCAUAAAGGUGUAGCACUGCACAAAAAAAGGUUUGUUAGAGGUGUUACUCAUGCAACAUCUAACCAAUCCUAAACUAGAAAUGAAGGAAAUGGAGAAGAAACAAAUAACAGAUCAGAUCUUGAAGCAUGCUUUGGGUAUUAUAUACUUGCUGACUGAAGAGGCUUCACUCUUACAGCACAUAAUUGACUCAUUGUUGAUAAAGGAGAGGAACAAUAAACAGUUAAGUGAAAGAAUCUUGAACCAUGCACUUGGAAUCAUCUACUUACUCAGUGGUGAGGAAUAUGCUAUUGUGAAAAAGAAUUCACCCCACAGCAGCAUUCAUCAUUUGACUGGAGAAGUACCUAUAACAUCUGGAGAUGUCUCUAUUUAUUUCUCUAUGGAUGAGUGGGAUUAUAUUGAAGGACACAAGGAGCUGUAUAAAGAUUUGAUGGAGAAGUAUCAGAACUAUAGUGCUGUGGAAAUCUCAGAUAUCCAGAAAUCUGAAAUACAAGAUGAAAAUACCAACAAUAUGUGCCUUACCCAUAGCAAGGAAACAGAAGAGGAGAAUGAUUUGGUUGAAGCUGAAAUUGAAUCCAACAUCUGUUCAGAUGAAUGUACUGCUGGACUUGUAUCAGAUGUAGAAGAUACAGAACAGCCAAGUUUAAAGAAAGAAAAUGAAUCUCCUGAGCUUGUGGCUCAAGAAACUACAUCUACCUGGCAAUCCAUACUUGAAGAUGGAUCUGUUAGCAGAAAUAUUCUAAGUCCACACUCAGCAUCCAGACUGUCAGAUAAAAAAUUGGAAAAUAUUACCAGUACAUCUCCUAUGUUUCAAGGCAAACAUCAAGAACAAAAUCUACCUGCUGACUCAACCAUUUGCAAUACAGAAAACUGCACCUCUUCAAGUAUUUCUUAUCAAUGUAGCAAAACAAAAGCUCAGGAGACUGGUAAUGUUGAGUGGAACAGUAUAGAGGUAAAGCUAGAAAUGAGCAGCGAUAGUGAAAGUUCUAGUCAAGAGCAAAGUUGCAGAAAUUUCCAGUCACUGCACGAAGACGAAACCGAAGGAGAGAAGAUCCAUAAGUGUAAUGUGUGUGGAAAGCAAUUUGGAUACAAGUGUUAUCUGACUGUACAUCUGAGAACACACACAGGAGAGAAGCCGCAUAAGUGUGAUGAAUGUGGAAAAUACAUUGCCUCAAAAGCUAAACUUAUUAUUCACCAGAGAACACACACAGGGGAGAAACCAUAUAGCUGUAAGGAAUGUGGGAAGCAAUUUCGUUCAAAGCCUUAUCUUGUUGAACACAUGAGAUCACACACAGGGGAGAAGCCACAUAGAUGUGAUGAUUGUGGGAAGCAGUUUGCUUACAAAUCCAGGUUAAUUGUACAUCAAAGAACACAUACAGGGUUAAAACCUCAUAGAUGUUAUCAAUGUGGAAAGCACUUUGAUUAUGUAUGUUAUCUUAUAAGACAUUUGAAAACACACAAAUGGUAAAAGCAAAUAUUAAAAAAAUCGCUAUUUUUAAAGAAAAUAAGUCAUGAAGGUUAAGAUCUUUCUGUAAAUGAAAGAGACUUCAUAAAGAGGAAAACACAUCUGACUGGAAGUGUAUCCUCAGAAAAGCAGAGGGUGCAGGAAGAGUUAUUCCACUGCAGCUUGAUAAGGAGCAGAAUGAAGUAACACCAUGUACUGUUUUUGAUGAUCAGCAGUUUGCAGCAGUGAUGUUCUUAAACAUGUAAUUGUACAGGUAAUAUCACCUACUUUUGUGAAAGGAAGGGAUUAAUAAAUGGCUGGUUUUGGAAGUUGUCCAAACUGGCAUCCAUUAUCCUGAAAGGUGCUAGAAAUGGUCGUUACUAGUGAGUUCCCUGUAUUACCAUUACUGACAAACAAAAAAUAAAGGGUCAUAAAUAGUUUUAAUAAAAGUUAGAAACCCUUUUUAGAACUCUUUUAGUUAAAACCAACGAAAAUUUGUUCAGAGCGCACUUUUGCAAAUUAUGACCCAGUGGGUUGAAGCUUAAUCGCAGGUAUAUGUAUGGGACCUGUUAUCCAGAAUGCUUGGGACCUGUGGUUUUCCAGAUAAGAGGUCUUUGCUUAAUUUGGGUCACCAUGCUUUAUGUUUAUUAAAAGAAAUCAUUUGCACAUUAAAUCCAGUAGGACUGUUUUGCCUCCAAUAAGGAUUAAUUAUAUCUUAGUUGGGAUAAAUUACAAGGUAAUAUUUUAUUAUUACAGAGAAACAGGAAAUAACUUUUAAGAAUGUGAGUUAUUUCAUUAAAAAGAAUAAUGGGUUUCCAGAUACCAGAUCCCAUACCUGUAGCACCUCCAGUUAUUUUAAACGUUUAUUGUUCUAUGCCCGAUUUUUAUUUUUACUGAAUCCAUGUUAGUUUGUUGGCAGGACCUGCUAAAUCAAUAUCUGUAAUCUGAACUGGCGGAAAGGCUAAAAUCUGAGGGGGGCACAGAACAUUUUGGUCUCUAAUUAGACAGAGCUGCCUUCGUGUUCAUAUAUCCUCAAGACAGAGCUGCUAAGCCAGUAAUUUGCAAAUGUGUUUAGUGGUACACUCAGCAGUUUGCUACUUUUUUUUUUUUCAAUCCCUUUUAAAAUACCAAAAUAAUUGGAAAACACGUGGACUGUUGUCCUUUAGAUAUGACAAAUGUUUGCUUGAAGCACUAGUAUAUAAGAGAUAUUAUAGCUUUUGAAAUAUAUACAACAUUUUUGCAAGUUCAAAUUAACAUUAUACAUCUAAGUACUGCAAUAUUUGGUUAUUUAUGGUCCUUUAAAUCUGUCUCACUAUUUUCUUUUCAUAGGCUUUGUGUGAAACAACUAUCAUGACUGGAAGAGCUAAAUGCUUUUUAUAUUUCAGAUUACUGUAUAUACAGAGAUUUAAUACCUUUGUUGCUAAAGGUGUGUAUACACCUCAUGGUUUCAGUAAUACAAUAAUGAAUUUAAACUAG